AUGGAAUGGUGGGACGAUCUGUGGCUGAACGAAGGUUUUGCCACAUACAUGGAAAUCGUUUCAUUGGACGUGGUUACAAAGGGCGAAAUGCAACUGAACGACUAUUUCGUCGUUGAUGUGUUGGAAAGUGCGCUGAUAGCAGAUGCAGUCGCUACCAGCCAUCCGUUGUCGUUCAAGAUUGAGAGGUCAGUAGAGAUAGCUGAGGCUUUCAGCCCUAUAUCUUAUUCAAAAGGAGCAUCUAUUAUUGCUAUGAUAUCGGCUCUCAUGGGAGAUGUCAGCUUCCAGGAUGGAAUAAAGCAUUAUCUCACGAAAUUCUCCUACAAAAAUGCUCGUUCGAAUGAUCUUUGGGAAGCAUUGGACGCUAUCGGCUCUCCAGCAGUGGGGCCUAAUGGAGAGCCACAUUUGGUUAUAAAAAACUUUGCUGAUCAGUGGACAGUACAGGUCAGGUUAGAGAGAUGUUCACUGGAAAAGUCGUGUAUUUUGGGUCACAUGGGAAGCCAAAAACCGUUUCAUCGGAUAGGUCUUUAG